GUGAGCCCUCCUACCGGCAGCCAGAUGGGGCUAGCUUAUAUGCGGAAGUCUGAGUUCCGCUCAGCCCAGUUCACUCCGAAACUGAGAGCAGACGGACUAAAACCACGCUUCUCUCUGUCUCCCCCCUGAACACCAGACCCGGCUUCACAACGCAAGGUGAAUCAUGAGCAGCAGCUACAGCGUCUCCCUGGCUGGCCCUGCCCCCUGGGGCUUCAGACUGCAAGGAGGGAAGGACUUCUGCCUGCCCCUCACCAUCUCACGACUCACGGAUGGAGGCAAGGCAGCCAGAGCCAAGAUGAGUGUUGGAGACAUCAUUCUGUCCAUUAACGGCAUUUCCACGGACGGCAUGAAUCAUUUAGAGGCCCAGAACAAGAUUAAGGCCUGCACAGGCCAGCUCAGCCUCACUCUACAGAGACCUCCAAGUGACCCUAAAGAUGGAGCGCCUAAGGACGAGCCACAAGAAAUCAUUAAGCCCGUCCCAAUCACUCACCCUGCCCCAAGCAGCACAUACACCAAGCCAUCGAGUCAGCCCAAUCCUGCAUACAAUAAGACAGCCCGGCCUUUUGGCGCAGGCAGCGGUGUGGUCACGGCUUCUCCCACCCCGGAUGCCCCCAAAGUAGCCACCAUUCCCUCCGCAUCAUCCGCUUUCACGCCAGCUGCCCCCUCUCAACCACCGCAGCCUCCAUUUCCGCUGAGGUCGAGCCCAGCUGCUCCAGACUCCAACUCAGUUCCCAGGCCCGUUCCUGGGCGCUCCGCCUUCGCCUCCCCUUACACCUCUUCCUCAUCAUCUAACUCCUCCUCUCCAGCCAGAGUGACAGCCCCAGCCCCUCAACCUAAUGUCCCACAGCCUUCCGUCUAUAACACACCCAUCAACCUCUACUCCAACGAUAAUGCUUGUGAGGUGGCUCUGGGACAGAGGCGAGGUCUUCUGGAGAGCCAGGGGCUGUCAGAGCACUUCAACGGGAAACCAGCUGAGGAGCCUGAGAAUCAUGCGUCCCCACUGAGCGAAGCCAGCAAGAAGCGCCUGAUUGAGGACACAGAGGAUUGGCACCCACGAACCGGCACCUCACAGUCCCGCUCCUUCCGUAUUCUGGCCCAGCUCACCGGCACUGAGAAUGAGCAAGCUCCAGAGAACAUUGGAAAGAAUGAGCCAGUUGACAGAGCCACUCCUGCCAUGCACACCUCGCCUGCAGCAAAAACAUAUUCCAAAUCUGCAGCAGCACCCAGGAACGGCAACGUCUCCUCUGCUUCCACUUUCAAGAGCCCGGCAGCCCAGAACAAGCCCUCCUUCCAGCCUGGAGGUCCACCAGGUUUUCCAAAGGGUGGAGCAGUUCCUUCAUUCGGCAAAGUUGCCAACCCUCCUCCCAAAGGUCCAGACCGCCCCACCCCUCAGCCACAUCCACAGGACCUCAACUCGCUGGUGCAGAGGGCUGAACACAUCCCAGCCGGCAAACGCACCCCAGUGUGCGGCAAGUGCAACAAUGUCAUCAGGGGCCCGUUCCUUGUGGCCAUGGGCAAGUCAUGGCACCCCGAGGAAUUCAACUGUGCUCACUGCCACUCCUCCCUGGCAGAGAACGGAUUCGUGGAGGAGAGGGGCCAGGUGUACUGCGAGCGCUGCUACGAGCAGUUCCUCGCGCCCACCUGCGCCCGCUGCCAGCAGAAGAUCCUGGGGGAGGUCAUGAAUGCCCUGAAACAAACCUGGCAUGUGACCUGUUUCGUCUGUGUCGCCUGCCAGCAGCCAAUCAGAGGCAACAUGUUUCACAUGGAGGAUGGUCAGCCAUACUGUGAACAAGACUACUACACCAUGUUUGGGACCAACUGCCACGGCUGUGACUUCCCCAUCGAGGCGGGGGACAAGUUCCUGGAGGCUCUGGGAUUCACCUGGCAUGACACCUGCUUUGUGUGUGCGGUGUGCUCCACUGCUCUGGAAGGUCAGCCGUUCUUCUCCAAAAAAGACAAGGCCUUGUGCAAGAACCACGCCCACACUGUCUGACCCGCCGCCAUGAAUAUGAAUGUGCUGGGGCGAGGGUGUCGGUUUACAGCAGUUGAUAUGUCAGCCAGAUGUUAAAAUAUUUUCAGAAUCUAAACUGAUCUGUUUCUCUUAGAAUAACAUUGGGUCAGAGGUUCCACUGUAAGCUUUAGUUCUGCUUUUAGUAUUUUUAUGUUGUAUCGGUUUUAUAGAUCAUUUCAAAACACUGUUAGCCUCCCGCCGGUGCCAGAGGAUUUUGUUUGUGCUGAGCUUUUUUUAUUUGUGCUGGACGUGUGUCGCGCUCUUGAUGGGGCAUUAAUGUCUCACACAGGAUUGGAUAGUUUACUGCGUUGACCUACUGAGCCCCUCAGCGGUCACAUACAGUAAUAGGUAAGAAAUAUUGAUGUGGAAAGAUAUGGUAUUAGUUAAGAGAGUGAUAGGAUUAAAAAUUAUGAUUAUUUAACAUUGAGCGGCUAAAAGUAUUUAUUUGUAAGCAAGAACUGCUAUUAAAAAAAGACUAAAGGGCACCUGGCCUUCAGAAUGAAAAAUGGGAAAUUUUAUUGUUAUGUUUUAUUGUUUUAAAGUAAAUAUGCUAUGUAACCGUUCCCAGGAAAUGAAAGCAUAAAAAAGUAAUGUGUGCAGCGGUGUGUAGAGACACUGUACAGGUCAAGUUUAAUUGUCAAUGCAUAAAAGUUAUAUAAGGGUUCAAUUCAGUCUAGUCUUUAUGGAGACAACUCCACAACAGAUCGAUUGUUCCGUUGAAAACGGCUCCCAGUUGAGUGAAACUGCACUUCACUCAACUCGCUCCUGGCAGUAAAACACGUAGAAUUUGAAUUAUUUGUUCAAUUAACACAAAACAAUGUUAAUAUAUGUUUCAGUUUCUUUGUUUGACACAAAUUUCUUUGAAAGAAAAACUAUGUGUGCUUGUGCGAUGGAUCUCUCAUUGGACACUGUGCAUAAAUAAGCACCUCUUUCUUUACUGUCAUUUCAAAUAAAAGGGUUCAACAUUGAAUGCAU